AUUCAGCUUGUACUUAUCAACCCACGCAAGCAUGUCUACAGCACAGAGACUGUUGAAGAUAGAGCCGGGACGGGACAGGGCGGAGACGGUACUCAUGAAGGGGGCAGACACGGAAACGGAGGCGCGUAUCCCCCGCCACAACCCCUUCCUCAUUACCUGCUUCAAGUUUCAGCUGCUUGUCUUCAACUUGGUAUUUGUGAUUGCAGGCACCGCACUUCUCUGCGUCACCACGCUGGCGCAUUAUGCGUUUGCUGACUAUGUACGUUACAUGGAGGACGAGUUGUGGCCCAUUCUUGGCCUGUGUUACUUUGUGGGAGCCGCCAUUUUCCUGACGGGGGCGAUCGGCUGUGGGGCCGGUUGGUGUGAGACUUACAAAGUAACAAUUACCUACUGUGUGCUGAUGACGUUGUUGUUUCUGCUGACGUCAGCGGCAGCGAGCGCCAUCAUCGCAUUCGAAGCUGUUGGCAAGGAUAACCAAACUAACAACUUGCACCAAGGUUUGACUCAGGCUGAGUGGAGAGUGGAACGUUUCAUGCUGAAGUCGAUGGACAGAGUGGCGUCAGGAAGAAUCAUCAUGGACGCCGUUCAGGUCCAGUUGCAAUGCUGCGGCGCCAAGGGCUACAUGGACUGGUUCAAAACUCCCUUCCACAACCUUCGGAACGAGACCGAGCCGUACGACGUGCCGGGGUCCUGCUGCCUCAACGCCACCAUGAACUUCAGCUUCACCCGCCCGGACGACUCCUGUGGGUACCAACUGGACACCGAGGCUAAAGCUAUCGACAGUAUCUAUACAGAGGGAUGUGGACCGAAGGUAGCCAAGUUCAUACGAGAAAACCUGAAGGGGCUCGGUGCUGUAGGGAUAGUGGUCAUCGUUUUAGAGAUUCUGGGUUUCACGUGCGGCUGCUGCUUCCUCCACCAGCUCAGGAGGAAGAGAAAAGAGCGGGACAUGAUGGAGCAGUACGAGAAGCUACUGCAGUACUGAUGACGUGAGGGGAACCGCUCUGCAGUACUGAUGACGUCAGGGGAACCGCUCUGCAGUAUUGACGACGUCACAGGAACCGCCCCCACAAACCGCAGUAUUUAAUAAGUGACGUCACCAGUAUAGGUCCUCCUUGUGUUCAGCAGCAUUUUUGGUCAUAAGUUAGCUUCUCCAAGUCAUAAAACUCUUGACACAAAGAACGAUAGACUAGCCUGCCAUACUAAACGGUUACGACACCAAAAUGCUAAUGGUUUGAGAAACUGACAGCAGUCCAGUGACAGUGUUCACUAUUCUAAUAUUUCCUCGAUGUAAUAUUUACAAUUACGACUUCUUUUUAUAACAAAACUUUACAUAUCAUAAAUGGAAUAAGAAUCUCAUCAGUACAGAUAGAACGCCAGAGUGCUAUCAUCAUUUUUGUUAGGUUGAGAAACAAUGUAGUACAGUUUCAAUGUAUUUUCAGUGAAAUGGGAUGACUUUGCAAUUGGCAAAUGCAUAUCCAUAUAUAAUCUUUGGCACAGCAAACUUUUUGCUGAAGUGACUGACCCAAAGAUAAUUCUGCGUAAAUUUGAUGUCCACAUUGACAGAUUCGAAAAGGCAAAGGCUGUUUUCAACAAUUACAAUUUAUCUCCAGUUUAUCAUAUAUAUAUAUUGUCAAAGCUAAGGGAAACUAGCAGAUAUCUAGGGAUCGGAUGGUAAAUGUACUUGGGUGAAAUCGCAAUAUGGGGUGUUUGGCUGAGAUUUUAUGGAUUAGGAUGAAAUGUGUACAUUAUAUAGGGGACAUGACAUUGUAUAGAUGGGUUUUGGUACAAAGAUCUCCGAGAACAAAGUCUUGGGCAGUAUAUUCAGGGUCUUGAAUAAAUGUUCUCUUUAUA